AUGGAACCUGAUGCUGCGAUUGUAAUGGAUAAUGCAGUCUACCGUAGCCGACGAUUAGAGAAGCUGCCAACAUCAAUAUGGAGAAGGACGGAAAUUAUAAACUGGUUAAAAUCGAAAAAGAUCGAAUUCGACAGAAUAAUGCUUAAACCCGAAUUACUGAAAAUUAGGGAGAGAGAAAAAAGCCAAUACAUUAAGUAUGUAGUGGAUGAAAUGGCUGCAGCUCAUGGGAUUACAGCUUGCCACCAUACCACUGAUGUAAAAUCACUCUUGCACGAGAUUAAUCUGGUUACAGCAGAAACAUGGAGUAAUUGCAUUAUGCAUGUCCACAAAGAGGAACAAUGCAUGUGGGAUCUCGACAUGACAGUUGAUGAAUUGGUUGAUUUACUGAUAAUAUUUCUUAGCUCUAGUGAUGAGGACGAUAGUUCUAGUGAUGAUAAUGAGGGUAAUAAAGCUAGUGACCAGUAA